CUGCAUCUCCCCCCCAAAGCCAGGAUGGAGGCUCCGGUGUGCCUGGUUGAGAACAAGAAAAAUCGCCUCCGUGUCUCUUCGGAGGGUCUCCAGUUGCUCUCGGACAUCCGGAAUCCGGUGGUGGUGGUGUCCAUUGUGGGACUCUACCGCACGGGCAAGUCCUACCUGAUGAACAAGCUGGCUGGCAAAAAUUCAGGCUUCUGUUUAGGCUCCACAGUGCAAGCAAAAACGAAAGGAAUCUGGAUGUGGUGCGUUCCCUAUCCAGAUAGGCCUAAUCAAACCCUUGUCCUUCUGGAUACUGAGGGAAUAGGGGAUGUGGAAAAGGGCAGCUCUCAAAACGAUGCCUGGAUCUUUGCUUUGGCCGUGUUGUUGAGCAGCACCCUGGUCUACAACAGUCUGGGGACCAUUGAUCAGAGUGCUCUGGACAAGCUUCAGUAUCCUUUUCAAGAGUAG